AUGCACGCUGUCCAUCUUCGCCAACUUCUCCGCUCUAUUGCUUGGAUGGCUGUUGCCCCCAUGUCCUGCUGCUACAGCCUUGCUCUCCGCCAAGCCCCAUCUGAAAUUGAUGGUCCACGGCAUCGAGUUGUAGGGCGCGAUGUGGAAAUUAUUCCGGGCAGUGUCGGAGAUGUCGACACAGAUAGAAAUUGGUCUCAAUCAGGGCAGGGGUCUAUCAACAUCUCCCAGGGUGGCAUAAUCGCAAUAGCUGUGAUUGUCGGUAUCGUUGUUAUUCUAGGAGACUUUGCGGUCGAAGUAACAUCCGCGGUCCUGUUUUAUAUUGCCAAAAAGCGAUCAUGGGAAAUUCGAGCCUCGAUACGUCGAUCAGCAAGGCGCCUUGCGACCCCGUUGACACCUCGACGCUUUUCAACAGCUCCGACUUCAAGCAAACCAAGAAACCGCGAGGAGCAAAAGAAGCCAAAAGAAGCUUUACAGCAAAGAAAAUCUGGUGGACGAGAAGAAAUGCUGCCGCCAUUCGAUAGGGAUGUGGAAAAGGCAGCUGAUGCCAAAUCUCCCACUGGCAAAAGCGAGUUCGAGCCAUUUUCGCCAAAAGGAUGGAAGCAAAUGAUUCCCUUUGGGAGUGCUCGAUAA